UUCUCUUCGUCGUGUCUUGUUGGUUCAUCUCAACCAAAGCACACACGUCACGUUACGAAGAAAAAGAAAAAAAUCUUUAAAAUUGUCGCUUUUUAUUCAAAGCUGUCAUUAAUUCUCUAGUGCCCAUCUCGAAUUCGUCCGAACCCGUGUUCCAAAAUCCUUUAAGAAAACAUCUGAAUCCAAAGCGCAUCUUUCUUUAUGCACUGUUGAGAUAUAUAGUUAUUAGUAAUAGUAGUUGGUGGUGGCGCAUACAGACAGAGAUGGGAUCCGCCGCUGUAGCUAGUUCUUCUUCUUCUUCUGAUGUUGCCAUCUCAGCUCUGCGUGAGAAGCAUGAGAAGGAAGUGGAGAAUCUGACACUCACCUCACAACCUUUCAAUACUCUGAAGCUAUUUGUUGAGGCUACUUUUCUUUACAUCAAACGAUCCAUAUCAUAUCUACUGGCCCAUGGAGGCUGGUUCAUGCUUAUAACCGCUUUGUUGGUGGCCUUUGGAGCUUUGCUUCUUACUGUUGAUGGACCUCAUGGAAAGCAUGUUGAAGAACUAUUAGAGUAUGUUCGGUACAGCUUAUGGUGGAUAGCACUUGGCGUUGCAUCUUCUAUUGGUCUUGGAUCUGGUCUACACACUUUUGUUCUCUAUUUGGGUCCACACAUUGCUUUGUUUACUCUAAAAGCAACUCAAUGUGGGCGGGUCGAUCUCAAAUCUGCACCUUAUGAUACAAUACAGUUGAAACGGGUUCCGUCGUGGCUAGACAAAUCUUGCUCAGAGUUUGGUCCUCCAUUGAUGAUAUCAGCUGCUGGGUCUCGUGUCCCUCUUACAAGCAUACUGCCACAAGUCCAAUUAGAGGCGAUCUUAUGGGGUAUUGGGACUGCUCUUGGGGAGCUUCCUCCAUAUUUUAUCUCAAGGGCAGCUAGUAUCUCUGGGAGCACGGUGGAGGGAAUGGGAGAGUUAGAUGCUUCACCAUCUGAGGAUAGUGGAUUUAUGGCUAGGUUCCUGAACCGGAUUAAGCAUUGGCUAUUAACGCAUUCGCAGUACUUGAAUUUCUUCACCGUCUUGGUUCUUGCUUCGGUCCCAAAUCCUCUGUUUGACCUCGCUGGAAUAAUGUGUGGACAAUUUGGAAUACCGUUUUGGGAGUUUUUUCUGGCGACUUUAAUCGGGAAAGCGAUAAUCAAAACUCACAUACAGACAAUAUUUAUUAUCUGUGUCUGUAACAACCAAUUGCUGGAUUGGAUGGAGAACGAGCUGAUCUGGAUACUUAACCAUGUCCCCGGUUUGGCUGCUGUAUUGCCUGGACUCACAGCAAAACUUCACGCCAUGAAAGAAAAGUAUAUUGAUGCACCACCUCCUGUUCCAUCUCAUAUCAAGGUGAAAAGAUGGGAUUUUUCAUUUGCAUCAAUCUGGAAUGGGAUAGUGUGGCUAAUGCUCCUCAACUUCUUCAUCAAGAUUGUUACAGCGACUGCACAGAGACACUUGAAGACGAAGCAAGAGAAAGAAGUAGCUGCUUUGACUCAUUUAGAUUGAUUUUUCGUCCUUGACAUAUUGUUCUGGUGGGAUUUGUACUUUAUAGAACAAAAAAGGGUUGGGAGGAAUUGGGAUUUUGAGAUUGCAGGAGGCUUAUUUUGACCCUGUGAUUCCAUAUCGAAUGAUUUGUUGGAAGAAUUCAUAAAAAGAAAGAAAAAAAGCUCUAAUUGCUAAUUUGCUAUUCUACUUAUUUAAGUUGAAGCUAUUUUACGC